UCCGGGGCCACUGUGGCUCGACCUGAGGCCUUGUGCCCGGGCGAUCUUCCUAGGCCAGGGGCUAGGAGGGCGGCCGGAGGAGUAGCCAGGAGGCAGAUGUGUACCCCCAGCAACACACCUGCCACACCGCCCAACUUCCCCGACGCGCUGGCCAUGUUCUCAAAGCUCCGUGCCUCCGAGGGCCUGCAAAGCAGCAACAGCCCCAUGACCGCGGUGGCCUGCUCGCCCCCUGCAAACUUCAGCCCCUUCUGGGCCUCGUCCCCGCCCAGCCACCAGGCCGCCUGGAUGCCACCCUCCUCCCCCACGGCCCACAGCUUCCACCACCUCCGCCACCCACAGCCCACGUGGCCCCCUGGAGGACAGCAGGGGAGCACGCCGCAGAAGGCCGUGGCGGCGACGGACGGCCAGAGAUGAGACUGGGCGCCGCCGGGCGCGGGGCUGGAGCUGGGGGCGGUCCAGGGGCGGGGGGAGGCUGGGCGCGGGGCUUUCCUGAAGAUCGCACUGGAAGAUUUUAUAGAAGAGAAUUUUUGUGGGUGGGGGGACAGUAAACUUCCUGAGCCACUUGGAUCCUUCAGGAGUUUCUCUUCAGGCAAGUUUUUUUGUUUUUCCUCUUUUUAAUAUAUAACUAUAAUAUAUAUAUGAAUAUGUAAAAAUAACUAAUGUAUGAGACCGGGGCUGGCCGACGGGGUGUUGGGUCAGCGGGGAAGGGCCAGGGGAGCCACCCAGGGGGCCAGCACCCCUUCCUCCACCCCUGUCCCAGGGCAGGUGCUUGGGAGCCAGGUGGCGUGACUCUGCAGUCACGUGGUGUCUGCUCGCUGCCUCCUUUCAAAGGUCACACCUUCUGGAAUCCGGCGAAGGACCUCUGCCUUCCCACCCUGCGGGAGGCUGUGGAAGGGACUCCCGGUGGUGCUGGGUGGCUGAAGGUGUGGGGGCCGCUCCCCACCCCCGGCCAGCUGUGCAGGGCUCGUGCAGGGCUUGCGAGCUGGCCCCCAGCCCCAGGGCCGCCCUGCCUCUCCCACUGUGUGUCCGGCUGCGGACAGCAGAGCGGAGGGCUGGCCUUUGGAUGGAGUUCCCAAAUCAAAUCAUCUCACCAGGGUGAAAUUUUAAUUUAAAACGUAAAAGAGACUUUUCUAACUUC